UCUCGCUCUCUUGCUUUCUCGCUCUCCCGCUCUUUCUAGCUCUCUGUUCCUCUCUCUCUUUUCUCUAGUUCACAUCCUUCUUUUGAGGCUUGUCUUUUGUGUCGCUACUGUGUCAGUGGCGGAAGGAAGGAAGGAACUGGAGCUAGUAGAAGCAGCCUGUAUAGUCUCAGCCAGCUACGUGUGGGCCUGCCUGGUGCAUUGUCAUGUCUCUCAGGCUAUAAGACACAGCAGCCCCAUGGCUUCAGGGCACAGCCCAUCAUUACAUUACCCAUGCUGCCUCUCUGCUACGCUUAACCCCUCCCUCGCUCCCUCCAUCCCCUGCUGACCUUUUCGGUAAACAAGGUGUCCAUGUAUCUUCAUUGAGAAAAACACAAUGCUAUUGACAGCCUUCUGAUUGUAUCUUCCUCUAACCCUGGAGGGGUGGGUAAUGGUGGGGAUUAAUGGUGGGUUAUCUGACACACACACACACACACAUGCACAUGCACACGCACACACACAUGCACACACAAAGAGGAGGGCAGGACAAUAGUGAGGGUUAAUGUUAUUUUACUUCAGAGACAUUGUGCCUCCUGUUUGAAUUAGCCUCCUGAAAAGCCAGGUGAAAGCCAGGUGAAAGCCAGUUGAAAGCCAGGUGAAAGCCAGUUGAAAGCCAGGUGAAAAACAGGUGAAAGCCAGGUGAAAGCCAGUUGAAAGCCAGGUGAAAAACAGGUGAAAGUCAGGUGAAAGCCAGUUGAAAGCCAGGUGAAAGUCAGGUGAAAGUCAGCUGAAAGCCAGUUGAAAGCCAGGUGAAAGUCAGGUGAAAGCCAGGUGAAAGUCAGGUGAAAGCUAGUUGAAAGCCAGUUGAAAGCCAGGUGAAAGUCAGGUGAAAGCCAGGUGAAAAACAGGUGAAAGACAGUUGAAAGCCAGGUGAAAAACAGGUGAAAGCCAGUUGAAAGCCAGGUGAAAAACAGGUGAAAGUCAGUUGAAAGCCAGGUGAAAGCCAGUUGAAAGUCAGGUGAAAGCCAGUUGAAAGCCAGGUGAAAGCCAGGUGAAAGCCAGGUGAAGACUGGUGAAAGCCAGGUGAAAGCCAGGUGAAAGCCAGUUGAAAGCCAGGUGAAAGCCAGGUGAAAGUCAGGUGAAAGCUAGUUGAAAGCCAGUUGAAAGCCAGGUGAAAUUCAGGUGAAAGCCAGGUGAAAAACAGGUGAAAGCCAGUUGAAAGCCAGGUGAAAAACAGGUGAAAGCCAGUUGAAAGCCAGGUGAAAGUCAGGUGAAAGCCAGUUGAAAGCCAGGUGAAAAACAGGUGAAAGGCAGUUGAAAGCCAGGUGAAAAACAGGUGAAAGCCAGUUGAAAGCCAGGUGAAAAACAGGUGAAAGCCAGUUGAAAGCCAGGUGAAAAACAGGUGAAAGUCAGUUGAAAGCCAGGUGAAAGCCAGUUGAAAGUCAGGUGAAAGCCAGUUGAAAGCCAGGUGAAAGCCAGGUGAAAGCCAGGUGAAGACUGGUGAAAGCCAGGUGAAAGCCAGGUGAAAGCCAGUUGAAAGCCAGGUGAAAGCCAGGUGAAGGAGGAUUGUUCCUUGAAAACCAACACCUGGUGAGAUCGAUAGCAUGAUACCAGCUUUCAGCAACAAGGACAAAUAGCAAAUUGUGUGUCUUACUCCAGAAUAAAAUAAUUACUCUACAAGGACUAACAUUGGCAUAUUCAUAAAAUGUUUUCUCAUUAAUGAUGAAUAUUUCUGUUUCCGUUAUUACAGGCCUUUCUGUCAGUGCUAUUUGUUGUUGAUUAAAAUCAAUGAAAGCAUCAUCUGCAGAAGAACGUGAGAGUUAACCAGAGAGCCGUAAAGUCUGUUUUGAUAUCAUGUCACGACAAACUAAAAUAACAACAUUUUUUGGUGUUAUUUCCUCAGAUCAUAAUCUCAAAGCAGUUGUCAUGGUGAAAGGUCCCAGAGUUUUGACUGGUCAGGUGAUGCGGUGCUAGAAUGGCUCACGUACACGUUGUGGCUGGUCUUCUGCCUGAUCAGACAGAUAGCAACCAAGGUCAGAGUUUGAGCAUCAGACUUCCCUUAAAUCCAGCCAUACAUCCCCAAUUGGCCUAUGAGGCCAAAACCAGAGGAGAUUGAAUAGGCAAUAAAACUCAGUUAGUCUGUCUGGAUUGCCAUUGAUAAUGUCCAUGGUCCAUUAGGAUCAAUUAUGGACUGGCAGAUGUCGAAAACCGUGCUUGACCCGAGGGCUUAAUGAAAACAAUUGAAUUUUGGUCAACAAACAUAAUGUCGUUAAAUUAGAUAAAGAGUCAGGGGUCACAUGGGAUUUCCUUUAAAAGACUAGAAAGAGAAUGAGAGGGAUGAGACAGGUCGCAGAGACAGAGAGAGACACAGGCCAGAGGAGAGACACCAACCAAGAAGAGACAGGAAACAGAAAAAGAAGAAGACGGUGUUCGAUGGCAUUCAAUCGAGAGAAAAAGAGACUAGUUGGAAAAAGAUGAGGAACUGAGAAGACAGGAUACUGUGAAAAAAACGGAUAACCCACUAACCAGACAUUGGCUUGAGGAACCACCUGGAGAAAUAAGGAGAAAGAGAAGAGAGCGAUACUGUGAAAAAACAACUGGUAGACAAGAGAAUGAGAGGCACUUCAGAUGCUCUUUGUGAGGACUGAGUUACACUGAGACUAACAGACCAAACAACCAACUAACCAACUCACCAUCCUACUGACACCGGCUAACUGACCAACCGACUAACCAAGCCAUCACCCAGACAAUAGUCUCUGCACAGUAUGCGCCUCUUCAACAAGAACCUGAGGCUGCAGGACGUGACUCUGAUGUACCUGACCGUCUUAGCCACCCUGGUGGUGAUCCUGGUAGCCUCCUACCAGGUAGAUCCUGCUGCCAGCCCCUCCAGGGGAGGAUCCACCCCAACCUCCACCUCCACACCGGUGCAGCUGCCCUACCAUAUGCCCCUGGACCCCCGCGGACACCUCCAGCUCUCUUGGAACAUCUCCUACCCCCUCCAGGAGCUGUAUCUGGAGGUGCGCUGCAGUGAGAUGAAACAUGGCCUGGUCCUGGGAAUGUCCGACCGCGGGGAGCUCACCAACGCUGACCUGGUGGUCCUCUGGGACGACGGCCACCAGUCCUUCUUUGGGGAUGCGUGGAGUGACAGUCAGGGUCAUGUGAGUCUGGACAGCCAACAGGACUACCAGCUGAUGGACACCAGGCAGACACCUGAGGGAUUCUCCCUGCUGUUCAAGAGACCCUUCAGCACCUGCGACCCCAGAGAUUACAUCAUAGAGGAGGGUACUGUUCACCUGAUCUACGGAGUGUUGGAUCAGCCAAUCCGCUCGCUCCAGCAGCUCAACCUGUCCCAGAUUGAGACGGGAGUGCAGAGGGCCCUCCUGCUGCGCCCAGACACCCCACCCCCCUCCCUGCCCCGAGACGUACAAACCCUGGAGGUCCGGACCCCCGACAUCACCAUCCCCACCCAGGAGACCACCUACUGGUGCCACAUCUUCCAACUGACACCCAACAUGCCCAAGAACCACAUUGUCAUGUAUGAGUCGGUGGUAACCCCUGGUAACGAGGCCAUAGUGCACCACAUGGAAGUGUUUGAGUGUUCUCCUGAGAUGAGUACAGUCCCACAGUACAGCGGGUCCUGUGACUCCAAGAUGAAGCCCGCCAGCCUCAACUAUUGUCGCCAUGUUCUGGCGGCCUGGGCUAUGGGGGCUAAGUCUUUCUACUACCCAACUGAUGCAGGGCUGCCUCUAGGAGGACCAGCGUCUUCCAGGUUUCUUCGACUAGAGGUGCACUACCACAACCCACUCCUCAUAUCAGGUCGUAAGGACAACUCUGGGGUGCGUCUCUACCACACCUCCAGCUUAAGGAGGUACGACGCGGGCAUCAUGGAGCUUGGGCUGGUCUACACCCCGGUCAUGGCCAUACCACCCAGAGAACAGAACUUCCAUCUCACAGGAUUCUGCACGUCCAAGUGUACACAAACUGCCCUUCCUUCAGGGGGGAUCAACAUCUUUGCGUCCCAGCUGCACACCCACUUGGCUGGGAGAGGGGUGAGGACGGUUCUGGUGAGGGGUGGAAGAGAGGUGAAGGUGGUACAGGAGGAUAAGCAUUUCAGCACCCACUAUCAGAUAAUCAGAAUGCUGAGGAAGAUGGUGACAGUGCUGCCUGGGGACGUCCUCUUGACAAAGUGUACAUACAACACAGAGGACAGGAGCCAGCCUACGGUGGGAGGCUUUGGGAUCAUGGAGGAGAUGUGUGUGAACUAUGUACACUACUACCCCAGAACUCAACUAGAACUCUGUAAGAGUAACAUUGACCCUGGAUACCUGCAGAAGUACUUCAGCUUCAUCAACAGGUUCCAGGGUGGUGAUGUGUGUAGCUGUGGUCAGGCCAGUGUGACGGACCAGUUCUCCUCUUUGUCCUGGGACUCCUUCAGUGGAGAGGUUCUCAACUCUCUCUACAACACUGCUCCCAUCUCCAUGGCCUGUAACCAGUCCUCUGCCAAGCUCUUCCCUGGCGACUGGGAAAAGCAGGAGCUUCCUGUUGUGACAUCACAGCUCCAGAGGCCCCUCUACCCGUGUGAGGGGGGCAAGCUGCCCUCCCAGAGCAGUGAGCCCACCGUGGUGCAGCCUGACAGGGGGGAGGAGGUCUGAUGCCCCUCUGAAUAUCAACCCCCUUCUUUCUCUCUCUGGUGAUCUACUUCACCUCCACCACAUCAACAACACAAGGACUAGCAUGAUAUCAGCUCUGUCAUCAUCACAUUCCAGUAUUAUUACACAGUGAAUUACGACAACAUACUCCAACAUCUCUCACCAGAUAUGUUUUGUCCAAUGAAUCUGAAAACAUUGUCACAUUGUUGGGUGAAGAUACUGGUGGAUAAAUAUGAAGCUUGAUUUUACUGGUCGUCGUGGUUUAUCAUUUUAAGCUGUAUGUUAAUCAUUGACAUCAAGAACUGCAUAUCAAUGAUACGUGUUAAAGUCUUCUAAACCUGUCACUCAAUUGAUUUGGACAUAUAGGACCAGUUUCCCAGAGACAGAUUAAGCCUAAUUCUAGUCCCAUGCUUAACAAAUAACAUUAUUGUCUGUCCCAAAGAAAGAAUUCCUGCAUUGCAUUUGAAAUGAAUCAAUAAAGUGUAUUGAAGAAUUCA